AUGGCGGAGCAGAUGGGGGAAAUUCUGUCAGUUCAACCUACGGUCAAGAAGGGAGAAACCGAGGUGAAAGAUGUUCUCAGUUUUUCAAGCUGGCAUCUUGAACACAUUCAGACGCCGCACAAUGAUGUGUUGCUGGUCAUGUUCCGCGUCGGGGACAUUGACGUUAGGCACAUUCCGAUCGACCAAGGCAGCUCGGUUGAAAUCAUGUAUUAUGGCGCCUUUAAACAGCUCAAGCUCGAAGAGAAAGAUUUGACCUCGGCCAUAUCACCCCUGGUCGGCUUCAACUCGCAACCGGAGUGGCCAGUAGGAAAGGUCAUUCUGCCGAUCAAAGCGGGAUCUGUCAUCAAACAAGUGGAAUUUUGGGUAUUGAAGGUGCCCUCCACGUAUAACCUGAUCCUAGGCAAAAGAUGGCUUCAUGCCAUGCAGGCGGUGGCUUCGACCUACCACAAAGUCAUGAGAUUUCCCUCUGCUGCCGGAGUGAGUGAAGAAGUUUAG